AUGGAGUCCCCAGCCAAAUCUGGUAUUACCGGCGCGAAGACUAGAUGGGAUGAGCUCCAUUCUUGCCAUGUUGAGCAGUCAAAUUUCAUCCACGGUACUACUGACAGAGCUUUUCUUCCCUGGCACCGACUGUUCCUCCGUCUGCAGGAGAUGCUCCUCCAGAACGAGUGUGGCUACCGCGGCUCUCUUCCCUACUGGGACGAGCAGAGAGACCUCGAGGUCUAUGAAACUAUUGACAAGGCCUCAGUCUGGGGGCCUGAUGAGUACAGCUUCGGCACCAACGGGGUGAACUCCACCAACGGGACCAACUGCGUCAUCGAUGGUGCCUUUGCCAACACGACCCUCCGCAUGGACCAGAUCUAUGGUGUGGACUACUACGAUGAGUACUGUCUGUCCCGGGAAUUUAACCAGACCGCCUGGGAGACUGCCAAUCAGUCAUAUGUCGACGCCUGCUUCGCGAAAACCACCUACAAUGAGGCCAACUUUUGCUAUGUCGAUGCACCGCACUCAUCUGGGCACCUGGCCACCGGUGGCACUUGGCAGGAGGCGAACCUCACUGCGCGCCUAACGGAUAUGAGCGGGCCACUCAUCCCUCCCGAGAACAUAAUGAGGGAGAACCGGUGGCUGUACCCGUCUGCUGCUUACCUCGAUUACGACGGCAACCCGGGCAACGACACGACACUGAAUCAUGUACUCUGGAUGGGAGGCAUUAUCCCCAACCACACUAUCGCUGAGGUCAUGGAUCUCAAGGGCGAUUUGAUAUGUGCCGAGUACAUUGAUGCUGAGUGA